UCUGAACACCAUCCUGGGUUACCUGCCCAAACAGAGGCGGACAGGUCUGUUUUCAGCCACGCAGACUCAGGAGCUGGAGAAGCUGGUUCGAGCCGGUCUCAGGAACCCGGUACGCAUCACCGUCAAAGAGAAAGGCGUCGCUGCCUCCGCCGCCGCCCAGAAAACUCCCUCCAGACUCUCCAACUACUACACUAUCUGCAGGUCAGAGAAUAAGUUUAACAACCUGGUGGCGUUUUUAAGACAACGCAAGCAAGAGAAGCAUCUCGUCUUCUUCAG